AUGUCUGCUACCCUCAAAACUGUCCUCUUCCUCCUGGCCGCCACCUCGGCCACCGUCUCUGCCGAGCACCUCAAGGUUGUCUUCUCUGCUGGUGACUUUGGUGCCAUUGGCGGCGACAACGGCAACUACGCCAGCUUCGCCAUCAUCAACGACAACGGCGACGCUAUUUACAACGACGGUACUCCCGCCGACCGCUCCCCCUGCUACAACACCGGCGAUGGCCGCGAGUUCACAAUCGAGGGUGACUGCUGGAGCACCCCUCGCACCUUCAAGUGCAAGUCUGACUUUGCUGGCCACCCUUCCACCUGCGAAGUCAAGGAUGGCGAUGGAAACAGCCUCGGCACCGGCGAAGGCGUGACCAACACCAAUUUCGUGGGUAUUGCCAUUGGCGAGGACUCCACAUGUGUCGUUGAGUUCGACUCCGACGACAGCGGCGAUGGCUGCCCUGUUGAUGACGGCAACGGCCCGCUUCACGUCACCUCUGGGUAA